UUCUCCCAUUUGCUUUUCAAUUAUCAUUCAACAAACAAUGGCAGUUUCUACUGAUGCCGCAACGGGUCCAUUGGGAAAUAACGGCGGUAACUUUUGGAGUUUCCGACCUGUUAACAUGAUCAAUCAAAUUGUUAUUUCAUCUGGUGGGCCGGGAAAUAACAAUCCCAUUGGUAUAACUUUUUCUUCGACUAAUAAUGAUGGCUCAAAGGAUACCCUCACAAUUGGUGGAGGUGGGACAGAUACCACCGUCAUCCGUAACGACAUGAUUAAUAUUGAUUGCGCGGAUGAAUACUUGACCGAGAUAAGCGGAACUUUUGGGCCUUUCAUUGAUAUGUCGUUCAAUGUGUUACGAUCUAUAAAGUUUACUACCAACGUUAGAACGUUCGGGCCAUACGGUCCCAAUGUUGGAACGCCAUUCAACUUCCAGGCUCAGAAUGGCAGCAAGAUUGUUGGAUUCUUUGGUCGAGCUGGAUUCUAUGUUGAUGCUAUUGGUACUUAUAAUGCACCAUAAGCGAUUAUAUCAUUACUCUGAGGCUUAAUGCUCCAUUAGAACACCUUUAGGUUUUGGUUGUUAUGUUGAAUAAGUUCCAAAUUAAAUGGUUUGAUAACGUUGUAUGGAGCGGUGCAUGUUUUAUGUUUCUCAUAUAUGCUCUCAUGUUUGUGUGAG